UUUUGCGUCCAUAUCUGGGUGACUCGUCUGCGCAGUCCGUUCCCCGCCCCCCAGCCUGCUGCGGUCUUGCGCGGCUCCGCAUUUUCUCACCUUCCCCCUCCACACCCCCCUAGCGUGAUCCUUCUCCGGUCCCCUUCGAGCCCUUGGUUGUCUGGGCUCGCUCUGCCGUCGCCCUCCGCUGUUGUCUAGAGGAAAGAUGAAUGGGAGGGCUGAAUUUCGAGAGCCGAAUGCAGAAGUUCGAAGACCAAUUCCCCACAUAGGGGCUGAUUACAUUCCAACAGAAGAAGAAAGAAAACUCUUCGCAGAAUGCAAUGAUGAAAGCUUCUGGUUUAGAUCUUUGCCUUUGGCUGCAACAAGUAUGUUGAUUACUCAAGGAUUAAUUAGUAAAGGAAUCCUUUCAAGUCAUCCUAGAUAUGGUUCUAUCCCUAAGCUUAUAUUUGCUUGUAUCAUGGGAUAUUUUGCUGGAAAGCUUUCUUAUGUGAAAACUUGCCAAGAGAAGUUCAAGAAUCUUGAGAAUUCCCCUCUUGGAGAAGCUCUGCGAUCAGGACAGGCGCGCCGAUCUUCACCAUCUGGGCACUAUUCUCAAAAGUCAAAAUAUGACUCGAGUGUGAGUGGUCAUUCAUCUUUUGUGACAUCCCCAGAAGCAGACAACAUAGAAAAAGAGACGCUUCCUCGCUAUGAACCAAUUCCAUUCAGUGCUUCUAUGAAUGAAUCUACUCCCACUGGUAUUACUGACCAUAUUGCCCAAGGACCAGAUCCCAUCCCUGAAGAAAGUCCCAAAAGAAAAAAUAUUACAUAUGAGGAAUUAAGGAAUAAGAACAGAGAGUCAUAUGAAGUAACUUUAACACAUAAGACUGACCCCUCAGUCAGGCCUAUGCAGGAAAGAAUGCCAAAAAAAGAAGUCAAGGUAAACAAGUAUGGAGAUACUUGGGAUGAGUGAAAAACUGCAUCAUUGGACCUACUGGAGGAAUUUCAAUAUCCCGCUUCAUCUAAGUGGUCAUGAAUAUCUGCAUGCUUUGAGCUCAGCAGCAGUCUUCAUAAACACAUUUAAAACCAGAGUCUGGGUUUUUGUGGUUUGGUUCAUUAUGUUUAAAAAGAAAACACAGAUUUUAAUGUUAAUAUUGUGUAAAUGUACUCACCUUGGGGAACCACAUGAAUGAUGGUGUUACACCAUGCUAGUGUACAGUUGGCAAAUUUAUUUUAAGUUUCAGGGCAAAGAUACCUUAUAAAAUCAUCAAGAAAUAAUAAUGCUCUGUAAUCAACAACAUAUGUGAAAAUAUACCUGCAUGUUGAAUUGGGGUGGGUGGUGGGAGCAAGCAUACUUUCAAGUGUUAAGCUUUACCUCAAAAGAUUAUUACAAAGUCUUUCUCCAUUGUUUGCUGUAUUCUCUUAAUGUUUAUGGUAAAUAAAAUAAAAAGGAACAUGCAUCUUUA